AUGGCGUCGGUUCGCGGGGCCUUUCUGGCGGUAUUCCUCCUCUGGAUUCAGUUGACAGCGGCUGCGCCCAUUUCGCUGCUUCACGGCCUCUUUGGCGGUAUAUUCGGCGCCGGAAACAACCGCAUUGCGCAGGGCAACAGCCAGGGCGGCGGCGGUCGCAACAGCGGCAAAUCUUCCACCCCUGUGUCCUCGUCGCCGGCGUCGAGCCAGACUCCCAGCAAGCUGAACCUGCCCGUUGUCAACUUUGGCGCCGCUGAUAUCAUCCCUAACCGCUACAUCGUCGUUUACAAUGGCUCCUUCAGCAGCGAGGCUAUCGAUGCCAAGAUGACCUCCUUCUCAGCUGCCAUCAAGAAGCGGAACUUGAACAAGCGUGGUCUCGGAGACCGCCUGUUUUCCACCGAAAUCAUCCCCUUCAAGCUGAACAAGUGGCGUGCCAUGGCGCUCGAUGCCGACGACUCCAUGAUUAUGGACAUCAAUGACGCCGAGGAGGUUGAGUACAUUGAGGCUGACCACUGGGUCAAGACCCAGGCAACCAUUGCUCAGACCAAUGCUCCGCUGGGUCUCCAGCGUCUCUCAAAGGCUAGUCCCGCCGAGCAAUCGUCCUACGUCUUUGACGAGUCGGCCGGCCAAGGCAUCACCGUUUACGUGGUCGACACUGGGGUCCGAGCCUCGCACGUCGAGUUCCAAGGUCGAGCCACUUUUGCUCGGUCCUUUGUCAGCGGUGCGCAAACCGACGACAACGGCCACGGCAGCCAUGUGGCUGGAACCAUUGCUGGGGCUACAUUCGGCGUGGCCAAGAAGGCACAGAUCAAAGGGGUCAAGGUCCUGGAUGCCCGGGGCGCGGGUCAGAACUCGGGCAUCCUCAACGGCUUGCAGUUUGUCAUUGACGACGUCAAUGCCAACAACCUCCGCGGCAAGGCCGUCCUGAACAUGUCCCUGGGCGGAUCCAAGUCGCCGGCCCUGAAUCGAGCCAUCCAAGCCGUCUUCAACGCGGGCAUCGUCCCCGUCGUCGCAGCCGGCAAUGACAACAGAGACGCAGCCGACUUCUCGCCGGCGUCUGCCCCCAACGCCAUCACCGUCGGCGCCAUUGACGCCCAGACCGACACCAAGGCCCGCUUCUCCAACUUUGGCAGGGACGUGGACAUUUUCGCCCCCGGCGUCAAUGUGCUGUCCGUCGGCAUCGGAUCCGACAUUGAUCAGAAGGUCCUCAGCGGAACGAGCAUGGCCUCGCCCCAUAUCGCCGGCCUAGCCGCCUACCUCAUGUCUCUGCAGGAGAUUGAGGACCCCGGCCAGGUCGUCCAGCUGAUAAAGGACCUCGCCAGCAGGACCGGCGCCCGGGUGGUGAACAACAUGCUGGGUACCACGCCCCUCAUAGCCAACAACGGCAACGCCUGA